AUGUCAAUGAAAUCGAUUGUCUCCAGGCUGCGCCGGAUUAUGGCCGCCUCGCCGACCUUCGGUCGCGCGCGCGAUGGCCUCAGCUGCCUGCCGGUUGAGUUGCAUCUUUUGGUUCUCGGGUACCUGGGGCCCGACGACGUAGCGGCGGCCCUCAACGUAUGCCGCAUGUGGCGAUGGAUUUGGCUCAGCGAUGAGAUAUGGCCAAGACUGGCAGAUCGCUGGUUCCACGGGCUUUCGGAGCACAUCUACUCCACUACAACCGAGGAGCAAGACGCGGGCGAAUCAUUCCGCAUCGCCUUGACCAAACAUCAACGCCGCAUCAAGGGCCGCUUCUCGAGUGCCCUUUAUCAUGGGAUGCUGCUUGAAUCGGAUAAUUAUUUCAAGGUCAACAAGAAAUUGCCUCCCGAGCAGGGAGGUGUUCAUUCGAAUAACGAUGCUCGUGAUUCCGACGGCCACUUUGCUACAUUCAGGUUAUAUAACAGCGGCCGCAUAGCUUGGUGGCCAGAGUCGUAUGCUCUUCCUUACCUUGCCGUGGUCGAUGAUCUGCGUACCAAGAGGCGAAGGAUAUUUUCAUUUCCCGACCACAAAGAACAACAACAAGGUUUCAAGACCGCCAUGAGUGACAAACUCUUCGUAAUGGGAAAGCACUUUAUACUGCAUGCAUGGCACCUCGAGCGGGACACACUCCAGUCUCUUGACGUACCACUUCGAGUCGAGAGAUGUGUCAUCGAAGGCGAGGUUGUACUUGUGGUCGCCAAGAAUGCCAUCGUCUAUCUUUGGAAAUUUGGGGAGAAUUUGCAGCUGGUUGACAUGACACCAGUCUACAAAUAUGGGCCAGUGAGCUGGAAUAACUCUGGCGAUUUCUCUUCACAUUUGCUAGGAACACACCGCGUCGGGAUUCGUUUACAGCGCACAAACACGCCCAUUGACUUCAUCAUCCACCCGAGUAAAGCCGACGCUUUCUUUGUCGUGACAUUAGAACACGGAAACCUGUUCGUCCACGAGUUCGAAGAUCGGAAAUUCUCCACCUCCCAUCGCUUAGAAGAGGAUUUGCUGUCGAGUCGGGCACUGAUAUACAGUGGACAACUGCGCUGGGAGAAAAUAGAUUCUUGUGGAGGAUACAACUUACUUUCGAUCUACCUCGAACACCCCGAAGCGAGGAAUGGAGAUCCAGAUGAAGACUUAUGCAAUGCCGUGAACUGCCAGUGUCAAUGGGAUACAUCGCAUCCACGAGUAUAUGUCACUGUGGUCUCAGUCUGUUUCAACGUCUAUACAAGGAAAUUCCGAGUCUUCCAUCAUCAUCCACUCCCAGGCUCGGACCCUAAGACGUUUCAUAUCUGGAAUCAAAGACUGAUCAGUGUUGGCUGCUUCCAAGGAUCUAAUAUUCGCAUGCUCAGCUCAUUGUCUGAGUUUACCAGAAAUGCUGACCUGAGGAAUCUCGUCAUUAUUCCCGUAUACACAACGUCACACCCAAAGCGCAUUGACCAAGGUAAUUUGACGAGACGGCAUAGGAUUACCAUGAAAUCCGACAUGCUGCGAUUCGAGAUCGGGGGGCAAACUCACCAUCCAAUAUAUGACUCCCUGGAGUACCUCUUCGAUGUUAAUCAGGCGUAUGCUGAAAAUCCCGUGCGCAGGCAGAGAUCGCUCGAUUCAGGCACCGAUCAGCCAGGAUUGGAGGCAUGGAGGUUAGUGGGAGACGACGACUUCUUGGUCUAUUUCAGAAACAAUACAUAUACUGCGUGGAGCUUUUAG